CUCCCCCCGGCCUGCGCGACGCCGUUGCCAUGGCAGCCGCAACUCUGAGCAGGCCGCAGCCGCGCUGAUGCUGAAGUUGCCCCUGUCGCCUGUGCCCGAGCAGGAGAGCGAGAGCCGGCCUCCGGGCAGCAGUUCUCCCUCCGAUGUCAGCAGCAGCAGUAGCAGCACCAGUGGAGGUGGCUCCCGAAGCUCAGUGACUGUUUCCAGAUCCUCUGGUGAUCUCCAGACUGUGCACGAGGGUAGCAAUGCCUCCUACCCCAUCGAGAAUACAGGGAAUGAUUCGGAAGGGGAGGAAUCCGAAGAGGAGGCUGAGGAAGAUGAUGACGAAAGGCAGGAAGAUUGGGACACAGACCUUGAACUGGAAGCUUCUAAGACUACUUACGAUCCAAGUGGAAAAGCCAAAUACCUUCAUGCCUGCCAAAUGUUUGGUGUUGUCCCAAUCUCAUAUUUUUUACGGCACAUGAAAGAUCCCGAAUUGAGUCUGAGGCACCGGGGCCUUGGCCCAAAGGGGGCGAAAGCUCUGGCUCUUUCCUUGACAAACAACACAUCGGUGGUGAGGUUAAACCUGAGUGACAACGGGCUGGACCAGGAUGGAUCAGCCGCAGUGGCAGAGAUGCUAAAGGAAAACUGCUACAUCUUAGAUGUGGAUUUAUCGGAGAACAGAGUAGGAGGGAAAGGGGCAAAGGCUUUGUCUGCCAUGCUUCGGGAGAACACAACUCUGGUGACGGUGAAACUUUCUGGAAACGAACUGAACGACCAUGCGGCCAAAUACCUGGCAGAUGCUUUCGUGACCAACAAGAAAGUGGAGUCCCUUGAUCUGAGUCACAACAUGCUUGGCGAGCUGGCAGGUGAAGUUCUUGGGUCAGCAAUUGCAGAAAACGCUGGCGUGAGGAAGCUCAACCUCAGCUGGAAUUACUUCCGGGGCCAUGGAGCAGUUGCUGUCGCCAAAGGGUUGGGGGCGAACUUCUUCCUGCGGGUGCUGGAUCUUUCCUACAACGGCUUUGGCAACAGUGGGGCGGCUGCCCUGGGAGAGGCCCUGAAAGCCAACAACGUAUUAGAGGAACUCCAUGUCAGCAACAACCGCAUUUCGCUGGAAGGAGCUCUCCACCUUGCUUUGGGCCUGAAAGAAAACCAGACUCUGAAGAGCCUCAGCGUGUCCAGGAACCCCAUUCAGAGCGAAGGCUGCGUGGGGAUCCUCAAAGCUAUCCAGGCCAAUUCUGGCACCGUCUUAGAAGUUCUGGAUCUCUCCGACAUUUUCGUGAAGCAGGAUUUUGCCACACUCUGUGAUGCUCUCCAGGAAGCUCUUCCGGGCCUUCAGAUCAAACACGACCGAACCAGUCGCCUGUUCAGAAUGGACCAAUCAAAGGUUUCCUGAGAAGAUGCUGAACUCUAGAUGGCCCAAUGGAAUCUCUGGUCUCCUUUUCUGUGGUUUCUCAUCUAAUGCGAACGGACUCCUCCACCUACUUCCACGGACACUCAAGGAAAGUGGCUGUAGGCCCUGCAGUUCUUUUCGUAUCUUUAGUUUGUUAUAAUGCUAAUUCUGUUUCGGCUUUUAACACAGCAUUUUCCAAACAUCUGACUGCUGAGGCACACCUUUUUUUUGUUUUUCCUUAAAAAACAACAACCAUGCAUUUAAAGUGGAGACACUUCAUGCUUGUCCCCGAAAACGGUUCAAGUAGGGAUGUGUCAGAUUUCCCAGUGCAACAUUAAUUUAUGGAAUUUGCUGUCACAAAAAAAUGUGCUGAUGGCCACUAGUGUGGCUUUAAAAGGGUAUUAGACCAAUUCAUGGAGGAGCAGAGGCUUAUCAAUGGCUGUCAACUUAUAGCCAAAUAGAACCUCUAUGCUCAGGGUCAGUAUACCUCCAAAUGCCACUUGCUUUAGGGUAACAGUGGCAGAAAAACUGAGGCUGUUCUCACACACAGCCUAACUCAGGCUAGGAAAACCCAGCCUGGGUUAGGUAGCGAGGGAGAACAGCCAGGAUCAGACCUGAUCCUAGAGGGGUAGCACCACCUAGCCCCGCUUUUAGCCUGGCCCUUACCCCAGACUCUGGGAUCAUGUGUUCACUGGGGCUAUGUUGAGUAUAUUUAGUGGGCCACACUCUCAGAAACUGGCAGCAGUUAACUGGGGCGAAGGUUAGUUAAACCAGCCUGGCCGCCUGCCCGGACAUGUGAACGACUACGUUGUCUACAUCAUCACCUUUAAUGUGAGCUUCUUGGAGGUAUCUUUUUGUAAACAGCAUUGAGAGCUAGUAAUUGGUGGUGUAUUAAUGUACUAAAUAAAUAAAUAAAAACCUGAUUGGUCACCAUAGGAAGCAGGACAUGGGGGUCAGAUCUGGGGACCCAAGAUUGGCAGCCCCUAAACCAGUAGAUCCCAAAUCUACCCACCUUCCCUCCCUUCCUGUCUGUUUGAAUGGUUCCUUGCAGAGGUUUUUGGGGCAGAGGGUUGGUUUUUCUUGCAAGACCCUGGGGCUAUUCUCACCAGGCAAAAUCGGGCUAGGGGAGCCUAGCCUGAUUUUACCUGAUUGUGUAAACUACCGGGCUCGCAGGCAAGCCCGGUGGUUUAUGAGUGGCUAGCCCGCUUUAGUAGCCCUCCCUGAAGUCCGGAUUUGCGGAGCGAGCGCUCCACAAACCCGGGCUUCCCGAUCGCGAGUAGCCGCGGCGCUUCCCAAACCCGGGUUUCUCAAUCGUGAAAAGCCGCCUCCCGGCUCAGGGGGUCUCCCCAGUAUGCCCUGCGCGCUUGCACAGGGCAUACUGGAGCUUCCGAGGGCCAUGCGGCCCCCGAGCUCCACAGCCCCUACUGGCUCCGUCAUGGAGCCAGCAAUCGUGUGGGUGGUCGAUACGGCCGCCCAGGGCUCCCCCCACCCCCCGCUCACCGUGCUAAACCGGGUCUCACUGAUUGUGAGACCCAGCUCCAUUUUUUGUUUCUCCUGGUCAGUUUUUCUAUGCUACUAAGUUGUUGUUUUUUUAACAGAUUAUUUUUAUGGUGUUGGGUUAAGAACAUAGGAACAGCCCUGCUGGACUAGGCCCAAGACCUAUCCAGUCCAGCAUCCCAUUUCACACAGAGACCUACCAGAUACCUCUGGGAAGCCCAGAGGCAAGAGGUGAGGGCAUGCCCUCUCUCUUGUUGUUGCUCCCCUGCAACUGGGAUUGAGAGGCAUCUCUGAGGCUGGAAGUGGCCCAUAGUCACCCGACUAGUAGCCAUUGAUAGACCUGUCCUCUAUGAAUUUGUCUCUUUUAAAACCAUCCAAGCUAGUGGUCAUCAUCACACUCUGUGGCAGAGAAUUCCAUAGAUUAAUUAUGCACUGUGUGAAAAAGUACUUCCUCUUGUCGGUCCUAGAUUUCCUGGCCUUCAGUUUGAUGGGGUCACCCCUGGUUCUAGUGUUGGGAUAGAGGGAGGAAAAUUUCUCUCUGUCCACUCUCUCUACUCCACGCAUAGCUCAACACACCUCCGUGCAUAGCUUGUCUCCCCUUAGUCGCCUCAGUUUCCAAACUAAAAAGCCCCUGAUGCUGUAGCCUAGCCUCAUAAGGAAGCUGCUCCAGGCCCCGAUCCGCUCGGUUGCCUGUCUCUAAGGCAGUGCUUCCAUCAACUGCUUUGGAUGUGAAAUGACAAUAAAGUGAUGCUGUGUAAGCC